CAUGGAUCAAAAUAUAUACUUAUAUGAAUCUCUCUCUGGGUUUGUGCUGCUUCUUCAACGUGUACCUACCUGCGCUCUACCAGAUCCUCAAGAUUCGUUGUAUCAUUAAUCAUCUACUAAAAUUCAAGUAUGCUGCUAAAGCUCAUCAACUUCCACUUGCCAGCACAUACUCUGAGUUGUGUUUGACGGAGACACAACUGGGAAUGCCAAAAAGAUGUUCCUUCUUCACUGCAGUUUUGCCUCUAAGAUCCAUAAGGUGAUAUCCUUGCUAUUACUUCCCCACUUAAUGCUUGACAAGAGUGGACCACAAAUUUUUGGCUCAUUUAUUAGCUAUUCCUUGAUGCACAAUUGGCACACAAGUUUUUUCGGAGUGCCUCUUCUGCUAAUACAUGAUGUGUGUGAAGACGGUUGAAACACGUUUCUGCUAUAUGUAUAUAGUUGUAUACACGUUACAAUAGUAAAUGAUAUAGAAUUUAAGUGGGCUGAGGAAGUUGUGUAAAAUUUCAUUCUACUUUAAGGUCUCUUAUGGAGAGUAAAUCAAAUGUCUUAAUGCAAAGAUAUGAGUUAGGAAGAUUACUAGGCCAGGGAACCUUUGGAAGGGUUUACUAUGCUCGUAGUAAAAUAACUAACCAGAGUGUAGCUAUUAAAGGGAUUGACAAAGAAAAGGUUAUGAGAACUGGGCAAGUUGAUCUAGUCAAGCGCGAAAUAUCUGUAAUGAGACUGGCUAGACAUCCCAAUAUUAUACAGCUUUUUGAGGUUAUGGCCACCAAGAGUAAGAUUUACUUUGUUAUGGAAUAUGCUAAAGGUGGUGAGCUCUUCAACAAGGUGGCCAAAGGAAAACUCAAACAAGAUGUUGCACACAAAUAUUUUAAGCAGCUAAUCAAUGCAGUGGAUUUUUGUCACAGUAGAGGCGUGUACCACAGAGACAUAAAGCCCGAGAACAUUCUAUUGGAUGAAAAUGGGAAUCUAAAGGUCUCUGAUUUUGGGUUAAGUGCACUUGCUGAAUCCAAGAGGCAGGAUGGCUUACUCCAUACAGCUUGUGGCACCCCUGCCUAUGUUGCUCCUGAAGUCAUCCAAAGGAAGGGAUAUGAUGGUGCCAAAGCUGAUAUUUGGUCUUGUGGAAUAGUUCUAUUUGUCUUGUUGGCAGGUUAUCUCCCUUUUCAUGACCCAAAUUUGAUAGAGAUGUAUAGGAAGAUAAGCAAGGCAGAAUUAAAAUGCCCUAAUUGGUUCCCACCAGAAGUAUGCAGUCUAUUGGGCAAGAUAUUGGAUCCAAAUCCUGACACUAGGAUUUCCAUAGUUGAGAUUAAGGAAUACGGUUGGUUUAAGAAAGGGCCAACUGCUAGAAAUAAAAAACCUGUAGUGGAAAACAACAGUGUCUCUUCUUCAGGUACAAGUCUCUCUGGUCAAAAUGAAGAAAGUGAUGGUCUAGCAGCAGAAGCCAAGGAAGAUUCAGUUGUGCCCGUAAGUAUAAAUGCAUUUGAUAUCAUCUCCCGUUCUGCUGGUUUUAAUCUUUCUAGAUUCUUUGAAGAUAGUUUUUACAAAAGAGAAGCAAGAUUUAGUUCAAGACUACCUGCUUCAGUCAUCAUCUCAAAGCUGGAAGACAUUGCUAAGCAACUGAAGCUGAAAAUAAAGAAAAAAGCUGCUGGUUUGUUAAAACUAGAGGGAAUCGAUGAAGGCAGGAAAGGGAUUUUAUCCAUUGAUGCAGAGAUAUUUGAGGUUACUCCUUCUUUACAUUUGGUGGAGGUGAAGAAAUCAAAUGGUGAUACACUGGAAUAUCAGAAAAUAUUGAAAGAGGAUAUAAGGCCUGCUCUUCAGGAUAUUGUUUGGGUCUGGCAAAGUGACCAACAACUGCAAUCACUACAGUCAGAGCAACAGCCACAGAUACAUGACCAAGAACAUCCACAGUCAUAAUCCAUUCUCUAUUUUGAGACGUCAUACUUAUUCCAUUUAAUAGCAAUGCCCAGUUUUUUCCCAUCUUGCGUUUCAUGAUGCCAUGACCUCAUUGUAACAUUUUUCUUUUUCUCUCACCUUAGCUGUUUCAUAUUUUCAUAAUGGUAUGACCAUAUCGUAACAUAUCUUGUAUCUCAAAUUCUGUUUACA